AUGCGACCAGGCUCCCGCCCACCCCUGGCAUUAGAAGUAUUUUAUGGUGUAUUUGAGACAUGCCACUCUUGGCCUCACCCUGGAGUCCAGUCCAUCUUCAUCAACAGAUGCAGCAGUCCUGCCCCGAAGGUGUGUGACUUUGUUUGCGACUGCAGGGACUGCUCCGAUGAGAACCAGUGCGGUUACCACAAAGAAUCAGUCAUGCUGGGAACUCCCUUCACCUGCGAUUUUGAAGAGGGCAACUGUGGCUGGAAGGACGUGAGCACUUUUGCCUACAGAUGGGUCACAGACCGAGCCAGCAUCGCCAUGUGGGGGACAGGACCCAGCGCCGAUCACACCCGGGGCACCGAUCUGGGCUGGUACAUGGCUGCAGAGAUGCGCAGAAACACGUUUGCUGCCAUCGCUAGGUUAAGGUCCCCCGUGAUGCAACAAGCGGCAGCCACCUGUGAGAUCCGAGCAUGGUAUCGCCUGUGGGAAACAGGGCUUAACGAGACGGUGCAGCCGGCUCUGUGGGUGGAGCUGACAUAUGACAAUGAGACCAGAACGCUGUGGCAGAGUAUCAAGAGCAGCAUCUCUGCCUGGCAGGAGCUGGUUGCAUACACAGGCCGGGUGCCAGGGGAGUUCCAGAUAACCGUCUCCUCGCGGCAGAGCUCCUUGCAGCUGGACGACGUGGAGUUCAGGAGCUGUGGCUUGCCACCGCCCCUGAGCCUAGUGUGCGGCUCGGACGAGAGGAACUGCAGCCGUGGAUCAUGUGUGCAGCUGGAGCAGCUCUGUGAUGGCACUGACGACUGCGGGGAUCUGUCAGACGAAUCUGCCACAGAGUGCGGAUCGUUCACCAUCUGUUCCUUUGAGACAGGCUGGUGUGGCUGGAACACUGUGCCCGAUUACCCGACCUGGGUCAGGAACACAAGCCUCCACUUCGCACCUGGGGCCCGCAGCCCCACACGGGACCACAGCAGCAACAGCAGGACAGGCUUUUUCCUCUACGUCAGUACCGGCCCACAGGACCGGCGCAACAAUGCAGCCAGACUCGUUAGUCCAACUUUCCAAGCAACCACAACCAGCUUCUGCUCUCUCGUGUUCUACUCCCACCUCUACGACUCGGCCACCAGCAGCCUCAACAUCUACUACAAACCCAGCUCCGGCGUCAUGCAGCUUGUGCGCGCCAGGGCCGGGGACCUGGGGGAUUACUGGUUCAGGGAGAAGGUGGACUUCAGUGUGACCGAGAGCUUCCAGAUCAUUCUUGAGGGCAUGAUUGGAACAGGACCCAAAGGCAGCAUGGCCCUGGAUGACCUGGUUCUCUCUCCAGGCUGUGUCCGGGUUGCAGGGGCAUCGACCUUUGAGGCCGGGACUAGGGGCUGGAAGGAUGUCAGUGUGGGCCAGCUGCAGUGGGCGAGGCAGAAAGCCAGUGAGGCCUUACUGCCUGGGGCAGACCACACCACCAACACCUCCACAGGGAGUUACCUGGGUGUGGCGCUGGCUCCAGGCCAGGUGGUGUCGGUGGCCAGGGCUCGCACCCCUGUUCUGGGCCCCUCGGGCCUGGCCUGCUCCGUGGAGAUGCACUACUGGCUGCACAGCGACCCCCAAGGGUUCAUUGCGCUCGGCAUCAUGGAUCAUGCCCUGGGGACACACCGGCUGGCCUGGCAAACGCAAGGCAAUGGCAGCACGGCGUGGAAGCACAUCUCCGUUCCGCUUGGAGAGAGAGCCAGACCCUUCCAGCUGGAGCUGACUGCCCUGGUGAAGCUGCGUGGCCCCGUGGUGCAGAGUGCUGCUGUGGACGAUGUUGUGUUUGUGAACUGCGACCCCCGCUUUACCCCUCCAGACGCCUUGGAGCUGUCUUGCAACUUUGAGAUGGGGUUCUGCGGCUGGUACCAGGAUCAGAGCGAUGACUUUGAGUGGGCGAGAGGCACAGGGCUGGGGCUGGGCUCUGACCACACCACUGGCACAGGCUACUUCUUGUCUGUGGAUCUCUCUGCCCAAAGUACCUGGGGCCUGAGCGCGCGUCUCAUCACCUACCCCCAGGACCCUCCCACCAGAGAGCAGUGCCUCUCGUUCUGGUACCGCCUGGAUGGCCCUCAGAGUGGCACGCUUAACCUAAAGAUCCAGCACGAUGGGGAGCCGGAGACAGUGCUCUGGACCCAAACGGGCUCUCAUGGCAGCACGUGGCAUCUGGGAUUCGCAACACUCAGUCGCCAGGCUCUCCAGAGGUACCGGCUGAUCUUUGAGGCUCUCCGUGACGGGUACCUGGGGAACAUGGCCCUGGAUGAUGUCACCGUGCGAGCUGGAGCCUGUGGUCCCCAGAAGUCCUGCUCAUUUGAGGCCAAUGCCUGUGGCUUCUCCUCCAGCUGGCAGUACACAUGGGCACGGCAGAGCAACGCCACGGGCAUUGCCACCACUGGCCCUUCCACUGACCACACCAUGGGGACAGCCCGAGGAUAUUACAUGAUUGUUGAUACCAGCAAGGGCUUCCUGCCCCGUGGGCAAGCAGCCACUCUGAGCUCUGGGCAGUACAGGCCCCUGACUGGUCCGCAGUGCCUGGGCUUCUGGUACCAGCUGAGCCCCAGUGACCCAGGUGAGCUCGGAAGCCCCACCCCUUUGAGCCCCUCGGGCUGCUCCGUGACAGCCACACACUUGCUGGGUGAGCCAUGGCCCUUCUUGGGGCUUGGUUCCCUCGCGGUAAACUGGGCAUCCCGACCCCCUGCCCGUGACCUCAUAGGGAGUGUGAGUAGGAGUGUGGGAGCUUGGACCCAGGAACAAAUCCCACUGCCUUCUACUUGUGCCCAGGUGCAAGCUCCCACUAACACUGCCAGUGCCAUGGGCUUGGUGGUGCCACUGCUCCCUGCCCUCUGCUCCGGUGGGUGGCCCUCAGGAGAUGUCACCUGUCUCUGGCUUUUGCUAGGUUCUCUGACGGUGUUUAUGAAGGAGAAGGGGGUGCAGCGGAGGCUGUUCAGCGUGAGCUCAGUGCAGGGGGACACCUGGCGCUAUAGUAAAGUGACUGUCCAAGCGGCUGAGGACUGGCAGGCUGUGUUUGAGGUGGUGAGUGCUGGGGGUGAGCUUUCCUAUGUCGCCCUCGAUGAUCUGCACCUGAAGGCCGGCAGCUGCCCAGAACCAGGUUCCUGUGACUUUGAGUCAGACACUUGUGGCUGGACCAGCCCCUCAGACCUCACCCUGAGCAGCUACGCCUGGGGCUGGAGGAGCGGGGCCAGCCUGGGCCCCAAGGUGGACCACACGCUGGGCACGACAGCAGGUCACUACGUUUACUUUGAUGCCAGCGUGCUGGGUCCCAGGGGGAACACCGCCUGGUUGCUGAGCGAGCACCUGCCCGCCACCAUGGGGGCCUGCCUCCGGUUCUGGUACCACAUGCACUUCCCAGAGCACUUCUACAGCGGUGAGCUGAGGGUGAAGCUGUACAGCAUGGCAGGGGAACUAACAGUCUGGUGCGCCCGAGGGCACCAGGGCCACGGCUGGCGGAACAGAACCAUCUCUGUGCAGAACACUAUGGAGUUCCAGAUUGUCUUUGAAGUGGCCAAUGGCAAGUGGCCUGCUGGGGGAACCAUCGCCUUGGAUGAUAUCACGUACCAUGCUGGAGAGGGCUGUGAUGGCAAUGGUUUGGGCCAGAUGGAAGGUGGGAAACCUGCCAAAGGCGCUGUGGCAGCAAUGGUGAUUGGCAUUCUCCUGGCCACUGUCUUCCUGCUCCUACUAGCUUGUAGCAUGGGCUGCUGGCUGAAGAGGAGGGUGGCAGCGGGCAGGAUGCCAGAGGAGAGGGCCGCCAGCCAAGGCUUUGACAACAUCGCGUUUAGAGAUGACAGGGUCACUAUAACUCCACUACCUGUGGAUGAGGAAACAGAACGAGAUGUGAGCCUCCCAUAGUAGGCACCUACUUGUACUGUAGCUGCACAUACAGAAUGAAACACGGGUUCGGCAAGGCCUCGUGCUCCUCCAGCAACACUGGGCUCAACUUUCAUUUCCAAGGCUACUCUUGAAACUGUUUUGCCUAUUGACUAAAAUGGAAGCUUUUGUUGAGACAAACAAGGUCAGCUGGAGGGAAGAAUACAAGCCCCUUUUUGAACUUAGGAGAGUAUGAACAGAUCCUGUAUAACAACUUCCUGAAGCAUGUUCAAGAGAGUCCAUCAGUGCUGUCAUAUUCUUGCAGUUUCCCCAUACAGUAUUGCCCUUUCCAUAUGAAGAUCUGUCCCCUUGCUUUUAUCUAAAAUAAAAUGAAUUCUAUAAAUGUCAGAUUUCUGAAGAAGACUGUGUAACUUAGUCUGUGUUUCAGUCUCUUCCAUACAAUUGUCUGUAGUCACAGAUUUUAGCUGAAGCACUGCCUCCAAAUACAACGCAGCUAAGUGGGUAUGGUACUUUUUGUUCUCUAUUUUUCUAAGACUAAGUAUACUCUAGCUAUUUAACAAAUGACUUAGAGUAUUGGUUAAGGCAGGGGUCGGCAAC